UCUCGCUAUUGUCUCGCUGUCAGAAACUGCCUGGCGCUAGUAGCUACCCGCUGGACAGAGCUUGUACACAUAACUAAUGUGAACAGGGUAUAGCCAGGUCUAGUGCACUAUUCAAGAUGGAUUUGAUAUGUGCGCGUUCCACUCUCCUGGGACUCUUCGUUGUCCUGUCCGGCAUAGCUUUGUCUGACACACAGACUGCUACGUCACCAGGCCUGUAUCUCCCAUUGGGAGUUCAGAAUAGUUCAAUCAUCCCAGAUGGUCUGAUGACAGCUUCAUCCCAAGUAAAUGGAUCUGAGGCCUACAGGGGCCGCCUGUACGGUGAUGGUGCAUGGCAGCCGUCAGGACAAGGUACUGAGUUCCUGGCGGUUGACCUGCAGUAUCCUCGUUAUAUCUUCGGUAUCCAGACCCAGGGACAGGGAGAUGGCUACGUGGAGACAUACAGGAUCAUAUUCCAACAGGACGGCAAUUCAUCAUUCGUUCUGUAUUCAGAGGACGGUGGAAGUGGCAAGAUCUUCACAGGCAACAACGACAACGAGACUGUUGUCCAGCAAGACUUCGAUCCGUACAUCUUGGCCCAGUUUGUUCUCGUCAACCCACAGACUUGGGUCGGUGCACUAAGACUGCGUAUGGAGCUACUCGGAGUUGAUGAAUUACCUACAACUUCAGUAGCAACAACAACCCUGGUAACAACGCCACUCGUCACAACAACUGCCCCGGUUACUACACCAUUCGACACAACAAGUCUACCAUUUGACACAACAGAUUCACCGGUAACAACACCAGUCGACACAACAGCCCCCUUGGUAACAACGGCCGUUGAAACAACAACUUCCCCAGAAACAACACCAUUUGACACAACAAGCUCACCAGAUACCACGACAGUAGCGACUACAACCUCCCCGGUAACAACGCCAAUUGACACGGCAAAUUCACAAGUAACAACUCCAGUCGACACAACAAGUUCACCAGAAACAACGUCAGCUGCAGCUACCACAUCGCCGGUAAUAACGCCACUCGAUACAACAAGUUCAUCGCUAACAACGGCAGUCGAUACAACAACCUCCCUUGUAACUAUUACAUCCUCUCUCGACACAACAACCUCACCGUUAUCAACCCGAGCCGGGACAACAAAACUGUCAACCUCCACGGGAGAUCUUCCAACAUCAUCAAAUACCGAAUCGGAUGUGACUACAGCAGUGCCAACCCUUGAACAAUUCACGACGAGUGAGGGGCAAUCAACCUCGGCUGACAUUUACACUACAGGCAUCGUACAGGAGACGUCACCGGCCUCGUACCAACCCACUGAACUACAGGAUACGACGAUCACCCCAGAUGAGGCAAUGACCACUUCACCGGAAAUACCGGAGGAGACAGUGCAGGGUGACGUGUACUGUAAUUCCACCACCAUGUGGGUCACCUUUCCCCUUGAUCUGCUGGACGGAUACGACGUUUCCGGCAUGCGGCUGCUUGACCCAUCAUGCACUGCAGAUGUCAAUGGAACCCACGUGACUUUCAUCUCUGCUCUUGGUGACUGUGGAACAACAGCGCUGGAAAACGCCACAUCCAACAAGAUCAUCUACAGUAAUGAGAUCGUUGCACCUCUGGAACAAAGUACGACGGACGGCGCUAACGUCAUCGCCAGGCCGGAGGAAGACCGCUGGACGAUCAGCUGCAGAUAUGUUCGCGGUGACACCAUAGCAGCCGACACCUUGUUUCCUGUGCCAGCACCAAGCGUGGUCAUCCUGUACGGAGACGGCGCCUUCACUUUCAGCAUGAGCCUGUAUCCGUCUGAUGGGUUUACUCAGCCGUAUGGACAGGCGGACUUCCCGGUGGAGGUAACGAUCAGUGACAACGUAUACUUCGGCGUCUCGGUGGAGGCCGCCGUUUCUGGACUGGUCUUGUUUGUUGAGAACUGCAAAGCGACCCCUUCGUCCAACCCUGACGACUCCACACAGUACUACAUCAUACAGGACGGAUGUCAGAAAGACAACACCCUUCAAGUGUUUUCAACAGACUCGCCGACAUCUGUGAAUUAUGGGAUAUCUGCCUUCCAGUUCGCUAACGAAUCGCAGCCGUACGUGUACCUCCACUGUGACGUCAUGGUCUGUUUGGAGGACAAUCCUGGCUCCCGAUGUGACGAAGGCUGCAUCAGCUCGCGCAGGCGCAGACGUGCCGCAGACGGCAGCAUAGAAAAGCGCGUUGCCUUGGUCCAGGGGCCCAUCGUGUUGGUUGUUGAAGAGACUUUAACCGCAUGUGCUGAACUGUGCCAUGACCACGCAUCGUGCAGCCCCGUGACACAAGCCUGCCAGUGCGACCCGGGGUGGGUGGGUGACGGUGCCCACUGCCAGGAUUUCGACGAGUGCACCAUAUUGUCUUGUGGGGACAACCAGCGCUGUGUGAACACUCCGGGAAGCUACAGGUGUGAGUGCGUUUCUGGCUUCCUGGAGGUAGACGGGGUCUGUGAAGCUGCGCUUGCGUACAGUUCCGCCGUCCGUAUAAUGGCCAGAAGCUUCUCCUCGUCACUGGAAGAUCCGCAAAGCCAAGAGUACGUGGAUCUUGUUAGUGAGGUCGUUGGAACGCUGGACCCUCUGUACAGACAAACUAGCCUGUCAGGAGACCUUCUGGGGAUCAUCGUCCUCGGCUUCCGACAAGGCAGUGUCCUCGUGGAUCACGUGAUUUACAUCCGGGUUUCUGCCGAUGUCUCUCUUGUGUCAGAAGAGUUCAGGGUCCUUGUUGAGAAAGCUAACGGAACAGCUCUUCAAAUAGACGCGAAUGAGAUUUUGAUAAUGGAUUAUGACGAGUGUUCGGACCCAGAGAGCACCGACUGCUCCGUCCAUGCCACCUGCCUCAACACGGCGGGCUCCUUCUCAUGCAGGUGCACCCUGGGAUACCGGGACAAGUCCCCGGAUGAGGAAGCACGCCCUGGGAGGGUCUGCGAAUGGCAAGGUGUCUCGGAUGAUUGGGUUCCUGCAGCUGCAGGUGCUGCAGGUGCAGCAGCUCUAGUCCUUGUCGUCAUAACAACCGUCAUGUGCCUUCGUCGAAAGCGUAACAAUCAUUCCAAAGAUGUGGAAGUUACGGGGCAUGACAAUUUUGCUGUCAUACAUUCACCGAGGGGAGCACCAAAACCCAACACCUACAGGGACUGUGACACCUUCUUCUAGAUUGCUAGCUUGCAGAGGCAUGAAUCAUCAUCAUCAUCAUCAUCAUCAUCAUCAUCAUCAUCAUGAUGAAUGUAGAGAGACUAGACCGUAGAAAGAUAAAUGAAGACAAAUGAUAGCUUAGUUUUGAUAUUUUGCAUGUCGUAUUUCCUUGUUGAUAGAUUAAAACUUUACAAGCAGACUGAGAUGGAUGGAGUCACUGUGAUCCAUCAUAGGACAGUGACACUGGUCUAGUCAGAGAUAUGAUAGCAACGUGAACACAGCCUUUUGACAAACGUGAGACUAAAUGCUUGGAUUACGCGAUAUGUAUGGAUUUAGGAUGUUGUAGACUACUAUUGCACAUAUACCACCCUGUAUAAGCAACAGAAUUUCUACUACUGACGCGAUAUAAAAGAUAUUCGUGAAUGUGUGUACACAUAUUUAGAUAAAAAGAAAAGGGGCAUGUAAAUUGUAGCACUCAUUCUCCGUUAACUGGUAAUUAACUGUAAUUGGUAGUUGAAAAGGGUAAAAAAGAGAAGUUCUUUUUGGAGCUUACUUGAUAAAUCAAACCUCUCACUUCACUGUUUACUACCCCGACAUGGUUUGAAAGGUACAAACACGUCCCCCCUUUGAGAUAUUGACCUGUAUACGUUCUGAUGGUCGAUGUUUGGUCUGGGACUACAGGAGAAUGAACUUGGUACUGCAGUAGUGCCAUCAGUUUUCGUAUCACAUGUCCUGAGGUAGCUGUGGUCUUGAUAUUUUGUGUUUUUAAGUCUACUUAGUAUACCGGUAUAUGAAUGUAAGAUAGAAGUGGUGAUUUUGGCUCCAGCUAGCUUAGGAACUGUAUAUACAUGUAGCGGCGUUAUAAACAAACUCUUUGGCGCAUGUGUCAUACACAUUAUCCUGUAUGGUUCCGAAAUAUAUAUGGGACGCGUUUAAACCUCCAAUCCCUGCCUGCCCAAUUGAAUCUGUUUACUUAAGAUUUUGUAACCAAUCAUUACGUGUGCCAAGAUCAGUUUGCAGCUUAACUGCAAGGACAGAGUUGAGGAGGUGUCCCUUGCAAGUGGAGGCCUCCCUAAACUCUAUCAAACAUCUAACUUUAUUUUCCCAGACUUCGUGCCUGAACGUGCCAGAAGACAGUUUUCAAGCAGAAGCUUUCUUCUGUCAGUUGGAUUGGACAAAUUAAUCUGGUCAGCUGCCAUAAGCGACAUAUUGAAGGGGAGAUCAAGAGUUCUCGGCCUCACCCAAAAAUAAUAAGCACAACUCAAUUUCGAGGCACAACUUCUCAGUAUGAAUAGUUUUAUCAAUAUUAUCCAAAUUUCAAAUCAUUGCCGUCGUUACUUUCCAGACAACGUAUUUUUAAAAAUCAGUAGGUAAGUAGCAAACUGGGGAUGAACUGUGAUCACACAUGUGUGGGUCGAGUUUCCCUGCCCUGAACUUACCAGGAAAGAAUUUGGCUAAACCUAAAUUUGGUUUAGGAUCUGGGAGUAAAGGUUCAAAAUAUUAAUUCCACUCCGAAGGGUGUCAAAUGUGUACAAAUCCGUGUGUCAAAGUUGGACUCAAUAAAACAGUACUUACCUGA